AUGCAGAAGAUCAGUCAAACGAUUUGUUUAAUUAUUCUCUUGGUUUUGGUUGCAACAAGUAAAAUGGCGCAGGCGACGGCAAUUGAAGAUGUAGAUGGCAAUGGCAUUGCCCAGCAUGCCAUUAAGAAACGUCAAGCUUGUGCUUAUAAGGGUAGUUGUUGUAAUCCUGCUAAUUGUCCUUAUAGUCUUUGUUGUGGUGGUGCUCCUGCAAAUUGUAGUCCGGCCUUUGGUUGUUCUGGUGCUCUUUGCAGUGGUACUUGUGUUGUUACUGGUCCUCUUCUUCUUCUAUGUUAA